AUGGAAGAAACUGAAGGUGUGAAUUGUUGUAGUGAAGGUAGAAGCUCUAGUGAGAGUCGACCUCCGAAUCCUAAUCCAUCUAUUGCUUCUGCGUAUCGGCAAUGCAAACGCAAUGAUCCUGUCGUUUUGCCAUGCAGAAACUCCCUUGUUCGUCACGCUUCUCUUCAAACGAAAAUGAAGUUGUCUGAUGUAUCUGCUGAGGAUGUUUCUGAAGAUUUCCUUCCAAAGCUUCGUUCGGGAGGAUACGCUGAUGUUGGGUCCCGGUCAAGUAUGGAGGAUGUGUAUGUUUGUGUGGACCACUUUAUGCAGGAUCAUGGGCUCAACAAUCAUAUAGUUGGACCAAGUGCUUUCUAUGGGGUAUUUGAUGGACAUGGCGGGAAGCAUGCUGCUGACUUCGCUUGCAACCAUUUGCCGAAGUUCAUUCUUGAGGAUACAAAUUUUCCAGUGGAUAUUGAAAGGAUAGUUGCUUCGGCCUUUCUGCAAACAGACAACGCAUUUGCGGAAGCUUGUUCUCUGGAUGCUGCCCUUGCGUCUGGCACCACUGCAUUGGCUACCCUUGUUAUAGGAAGGUUACUGGUGGUUGUAAAUGCUGGAGAUUGUCGAGCAGUGCUGUGCCGCAGUGGAAAAGCAAUUGAAAUGUCAAGAGAUCACAAACCAGUUUGCAUGAAAGAGCAGAGGCGUAUCGAGGCAUCUGGGGGGUAUGUCUAUGACGGACAUCUAACAAACAACUUUUUCACACGCACACCGCACCAGAAAACCGUCAACUCCGUCGUGAAAUCGUGGAAGUUCUCUGCUGCAAAACUAGCCACUGCAAAAUAA